AUGGACAAUAUGAUAACUAAUGCCCUUGGGUUUAAUACGCCGAUUUAUGUGCCAAAUGAUGUCGACGACCCUGCUGAUGAUGAAUAUGACGCUGAUGUUAACGUCGAGAGACCAAAUGAGGAAGCCCAGCGAUUUUUUGAUCUUUUGAAAGAGACAAAUACACCGUUGUGUGAAGGCUCUCGAGACUCAAAGUUAACGGUGUGUAUUAGACUUUUGGGUAUCAAGUCUGAAUGUCUUGUUUCAGAAUACACCAUGGACUUGAUAACAAAACUGAUGUUGGAUAUAACAAUAGACCGUCCUCUUGAUUUGCCAAAAAAUUAUUACGAAGCAAGACAAUUGGUUGCAAAGUUAGGACUCGGAGCGAAGAGAAUUGACUGUUGUGUUAACGGAUGUAUGUUGUACUAUAGCAACGAAUUUGGUGUAGAUGACGGUGCAUUACUUGAAUGUAAAUUUUGUCAAGAACCAAGAUAUCGUGUAACAAGAAAUUCACGGUCAGUCAGAAGGAAGCCAAUCCCAAGAAAGGCAAUGUUCUAUUUACCCAUAAUACCAAGGUUGCAAAGGUUGUAUGCAUCGAUGCAAACAGCCAGUAAAAUGACAUGGCAUCGUGAAAACUAUGAAAGGAGAAAAAUGUCAGUUUAUCCUGAAUUUGCUUCGGAGCCACGGAAUGUCCGACUUGGGUUGUGCAGUUUGCAACCCCAAAAUCCGGCGAAUAAGGCAAUCAAUAAUGCAUUGAAAUCCAAAUUCCAGGCUCCAUAUCUCAACUGGACGGAGGUCAGGGCAGAUGAGCGUGGAUAUCAACAAUUUUGGAAUGGCUUCAGGUCGCAAGUAACUUGGCUGAAUCACCACACAGCGGCUAUUGAGCGUAUAUUAAACAAAAAAGCCACCAAGCGUCUGUCGACCUUACUUUUUGAAGCGCGGAAAAAGAUUAAAAAGGAUCCUUCAAAACCACCACUUUGGCUCGCUGGCAAUUCAUACCCUAUGCUCUGCCGCAGAUGGGAAGAGGAAGAGUAUAUUGCAAAGUGUAUAAAGAACAAAGCCAACAGAAAUACUGAUGAAGCCAAUCGUGCGUGCGUACACUCUGGAGGGUCUAAAUCUGCCGGAACGCUUCGUCUUGAGUUCAUCCAACAAUUUGGUCGUCCACCCACCUUUAUGGAGAUGAAUGACAUGAUGCACCGGUAUGCAGAUUCCGGUGAGUGGACGGGGGCAAGGGCGCAAGAAGUGUCGAGGUUGACGCAAAUUUGGGUUGAAGAAUAUAAUGCAAGCCAACUACGACUACCACCUCAUAGGCGAGAUAAUGAGGAUGUUCGUCGAAACAAGAUGUCGUUGGCUUUUGUUAAGAAUGCUGGUGGUGCGACUCGAGGUCGCAAAUUCGCUGCUGGGUGUACAUCUUCUCUAUAUGCAAGUGACCCAACUGGUUUGAGAGAUGUCACUUACACAUCUUCAUCUUCAUCGAGUACAGGACGCUCUCGUCCAACUCAAAGAGAGGAAACCGAUGAUGAGUAUGAAGCGCGAAUGAGGGCCACGUAUAGAGAAGAAUUCCGCGAUGAGUUCGAAGCAUCAUUUGAUGACCGGGUGGACGUACGGGUCCAACAUAUAUUGCAGGAAUUCUUUGCGCAGCAGAGGGCGCCGGCGGGGGGGGGGGGGGGGGGGGUUGGAUCAUCAUCUCAGGCUUCGGCACGACAAAAUCAAAAUGCCGGUGAACAAGAAUAUCGACCGGAUUUGAGUAGCAUGGUUAAUUUGAAUCAGCUGCCGGAGUACCGAGAGGGUGAUCCAGUACUGAGUAUGAGCAUAGAGGAUAUGAGUCAGAUGCUUAAUGAACCAGUUCAUUUACAAUUUUUUGAUCCUACUGGGCAAACAAGUGGAAGCAGUAGUGACGGAAGCGGUAGAAAUAAUCAACAAACUGCUUUCACCGAAUACCAGAGAUCAUUAAAUCCACAACAAGACUUCAUAAUCCCACAUCCAAAUCAACCCCAAGGCAACUUCUUCCCAAAUCAAGCCCCAAUUAACUUCGUUCAUAGGCCUGUGGCACGACCUCCUUUGCGAACGUCACUCCCCGGAGUCGUAAUACACGAGGGAGGUAGAGGCCGAGGCCGAGGAAGGUCGCGUCAGCCAACAGACACUGGCAAGGGGAAGCGACCACUAUAUCAGCCGCCUGACCAACGUUGAUGUGUAAUUUUAAUAAUCUGUUGUUGAUUAUUAUUUGUUUAAUUGUUUUCUUUUUGUAAUGACAAUAUUAUCAUUAUAUUUAAUUAUGCUUAUGUUAAGU